UACCAGAGCGGGACUCUUGUACGGGAAAAUGGACAGUAGUCAGCACGGGCCGAUCCUUUCCAGGGCUGUUCAGAAAAGAUGGACCUGUACGUGGAAAACGGAGGUUAUCUACACCUACAAACUAUAUAAAUAAAACAGUCAGCCUUACAUUCUGUGCACUACCGGGACCAACUACAACCACCCUUACAGCGGCAGAUGAAAUGCGUCUUAUUCAGGCUGGCCUUGGGAAGAAGCUAGUGUCUCUGCCUGAGGACAGCUCACAUGAUGAGAUUGUUAAACUUCUGGAGAUUGAGUAUCCUAAACUGGGGAACAUCACAGGUGGAUGGAUGCUUUAUAAAGCCACAGGUGGGACUGGUCAUAGAAAACUUCAAAUUAUCCCUCUAGAGUCAGAGGGGUAUUCUGGAAAGCAGCUUAAAAUUUUGACAAAUGCAGGGGAAAUCGUUUUGUAUGUAGCUCCACUACAGGAGGAGAUGGACCUGAGUCCUCUUCCUCCUGAUGCUCAAGAGUUUGCUAAAAUGCCCAAAAAACCUGCAAGAGAUGUGGCAUGUAUAUGCCUCUUCAGUUGUUGGCAUCUCAUGUGGACAACUGUGAAAUAUCAGCCUUCUACAAGUGGAAACGUUGACAGGCAUCCUUCACCUUUACACAGCGUUUCAGACAUGCAAGAAUGGAUGACCACAUCAGACCCCAAGAGAGCUGCAUUGCUUUUUACUCGAGAAUUACUGUGCAAGGCAGAGAGACAUGCUGAACCCCUGUGUUUCACUUUGGACAUUCACAAGAGUGUUGAGGAACAAGACCAUGCUAUUCUGUUCUUCUACAAAAAAGGCAACGUCAACUGGGCAUCUCCUCUUCAGUGCAAACUAAGAGGUGAUUCUGCUGUUGGUGAAGGUGUGAACCGUUAUGUCCUCUCUAUACCAUCUCAUCAGCCCAUGAACUGA